AUGUCGCCUUACAACGUAUUGAACACAAGUCUAAACGGUAGUCCGUUUCCGCAGCUGAAGCCACAUGUCAGGUACCGGACGGCGAUGGAGAGAGCGGGUUUUGACGUGGCCUACGGGAAGUUCGGGGGACGCCCUGCCAGCAAGACGUCCGCGGCCAGUGUGACAAGUCGUCAUGGAGGAAGCCACGGUGCGCCCGUGGGAAGUCCGCACGGUGGCAGCACCUCGAGCCUACCGACCGAGAAGCCGAUUAACCAGAGCAAGCCUUCCGGAUCAGCGGAUCGGACCCUCCCCGCAGCAGAGGGGCUUGGGAUCUCCGCCUCGAUGCCAUCGCUCAACACAGAGCUGGUUGCCAGCCCGGAGCCGGAUUCUACUGCGCCGGCCGACGCCUUUGCCCUGCCGGAAAUCCAGGUGAGCUACAACCAUGACCAACGGUCAAUAGCUACCGCGAAGGACAUGCCAUCGUUUGUGGUGCCUACCCCGCGGAACUCGUUGCACUCGGACACCGACCGGGACAGUGAAUACUCGGCCGCCUCAGAGCACGCAACACUGCCUCCUUACGACGCCGGGGCUGACACCGGCCGGUUUUCACAGCACUUCAGCCCUGCGGCCAAACGUAUGUCCACGGCAGAAGUUGGCAGCAUAUCCACCGAAACCCGUUCCUUCGCAUCCUCGGCGGAGCGCUUGUCGAUGUACGCCCGCAAUGAUCUCGUGUCUGCACCUUUUCAGUUGAUGCCAACGUCUGCUGCUCCGUCUGUGCACCCUAUUGAAGGCGCUAUAUCGCUACCAAUUUCCCCAGACGCACACGCAAAAGGCCAAUCUCUAUAUUCAUCCGCGACUUCCGAUGAGCACCUCGGUACACACAGCACCUUGGAUGUCGACCAAAAGACCACCAGAGAACCGUCGAUUUUCGACUUUGAGAACCAGAAGAACUCCCGGGCGAUCUCGCAGAGCAACGCCUCCUCUACGUACCCCACACCUGCUCCCGAUGACACUCAAGAGCCGGUCUUCUCUGUUCUUGAUCCGGUGGAACGCUCCUUCAUGAUGCUUACGCAGAACUCGCAGCCAGACAUGGAGGACAAGGAUGAAGAGGAUGGUCAGUCGCUUUACUCGGCAGAUGACAUCCGGCACUCCGUUAACACGGUUCGCACCGCCAACUCCUAUCAGUCCGCCUCCACGAGCUCCCACGCAUCGAGCAAACGUUCACCAGGUGUAGCGGACCGCCGGCAAACACGGUACUCGAUGAUGCCCAAGAUCCAGGUGAGCAACUCAGCUAUGUCGCUGGUUUCCGUGGUGGAUGAGGGCGUUGAUAUUGCUCCCGACCCAAUUCUGCAGGGCUCCCUGGGGAAGAAGGCGGAGGAUGCCAGCCUGCGGCUGUCUUCGGGCGGCAGCUCGGAGGACGAGAAUACCGUUGCCGCUCCCCAGGAGUCAAAUGGUCUGUCCUCGACCACCUCGCAGGUGGAGCGGCUCAUUGCGCAGCUCGACGACGUGUCUCUCACCCGUGGGGACGUGGAUGCGUUCGACUCUGCUGCCGUGCCGCUGCCAACCUCUUCUCUGGCCGCCGCCUCGCACUUGCCCCAAACGCAUCUCUCGAAUCGCGCCAAGAAGAGUAGCGCAUACCUCUCCGGCAUACCGGAUGAGGUGCGCAACCUGCCCGAUCUGUCAAUCGACCCCACGCUCUCGACCAUGACAGAACACAGCUCGCCGGAAAGCACGGUCUUCAGCCCCGAUGCCCAGUCGCCUGUGAUGCUGAGCUUCAAGGGCCGCUCCCUCGACGAGAUCUGGAACCCCACGAAGCCCGCGGAGCGCCUCAGCCUCGCGGCCAAGCGGCAGUCUAUCGCCGCCAGAAACUCCGCGAUCCGCCCCGUCUCGACCUACGGACCCAACACCAUCCAGCCCUCGCAGCUCACCCACGUGUUGUCCCUAGAGGCGGCGCAGCGGCCCCGCGACCCCGUCCCCCCCGCCGUCCCUGACCACACUCCCCCGCUUUCGCCGGCCGACUCCCCCACCGCAUGGUCGCUGUUGGACGCCGACUCCGAGAUCCACACCUCGCCCCUGCGCAUCUCUGCCGCGAAGCCCAAGUACCCGCCCGGCAAGGGCCCCUGCCGCUCCUGCGGCGAGAAAAUCAAGACCAAGAGCAUAUACUCCAAGCGUGAGGGCGAGCUCUCCGGUCAGUGGCACCGCGAGUGCUUCCGCUGCACCGUGUGCGCCCUCAAGUUCAACAAGCACGUGCCCUGCUACAUCUUGGACGACGUCAUCUACUGCCGUCAGCACUACCACGAGGCCAACAACUCCAUCUGCCGCGUCUGCCGCGACUUCAUCGAGGGCGAGUGUCUCGAGAACGACAAGGGCGAGACCUUCCACGUCAGCUGCCUCACCUGCUACCUGUGUCACCGCCUGAUCCAGGAGGACUACUACAUCUACAACGACGAGCUCCCACUCUGUGCCAACCACGACAUGGACGCGCUCGUGCGCAACGGUAUCCACGGCGAACGCCGCAGCUCUGACCCAGACUCCCUUGAAGUCACCAAUACCCUAUCCAAGAGGCGUACAAGACUCAUCAACGUCUAA